UUACAGUUAAUUUUGGCAAGAUGCGGUUAUCAGUAGCCGUCGACAAUUGUUUAUUGUUCGUUUUCUUUGGGUGUGUGUUUUGCUACUUUCGUAGCUUUCGUAUAGCACUCAAGUGGUACGAUCAGUUGACUUUGCACAGUACAAAACGCAUGAUCAAGAAAAAAGGUUUAAACUCGUGACACAAAAUGAGGCCGCCUUCAUUCUUAAUAUGUUUACUAGCCGGCUUUAUAACAGUGCGGUGCGAUGGUUCGAAUAAAGAUGAUAAUUUGACUCGUGAAAUAACUAUUGCUGAAUACUUGACAAACUUUUCACAAGAAUUUGAGCACUAUCAGAUCACUAACCAAAUAUCAGAAAAGUUCGAACAGUUAUUGAACGUCAUUAAAUCAAAUGAUGUAAAGAUAACGCUUGAUGUGAUACCUAACGCGAAAAAUACUAAAAUAUGUCUCACUUGUUUGUCUGCCACCAACACUUUUCUACAGAUAUAUGAAAAACUUCAAAUCAAAGAGAAGAAAUCGGUGAUCAAGCUGGCCCAAGAUAUAUGCCAUUUGUACAGUAUGAAGAAAUACGUGUGUGAUGGCUUGAUUGAUCUAAACGCGGAUAUGAUACUUUAUUCACUUGAGCACUUGAAAACAUUACCAACUGCGAGCCGCGUUUGCGAGAUUGCUUUUCAAGGAGAAAAUUGCAUUGUUUCUGUAAACAAUAUUUUCGAUGAUCAUUACGCAAAAGUUGAACUCAGUAUAUCCAAAAACGUAUUACAAACAUCCAAGAAGUCUUCCACGCAUUCGAACGAGGACCCUUUGGUAAUACUCCAUCUAACCGAUAUUCAUUUUGACCCGGAAUAUGUUGUCGGUGUAAAUGCUGCCUGUGGAUCUGAAGCUUGCUGCCGACACGUGCCUGACCUAGGACCAGCAGAUCAUGUAAAUGCUGCUGGUUAUUGGGGUGACUAUCGUGACUGUGAUACUCCCUGGCAUGCCGUUCAGGACGUCGUAGAUCACAUACGCCUUCAACAUCCAAGAAUCGAUGCAAUAUAUUUCACCGGAGAUAUUAUUCACCAUUUCACAUGGAAUACGACACAAGAAACCAACAAAGAGUCAAUGCGACAAAUUUUUCGGCUAUUGAAAGAAUCUUUUCCUGGAAUUCCACUCUACCCAAUACUAGGCAACCAUGAAGCACAUCCUGCAAAUCUUUAUGCUCCUCAUGACGUUCCAGAAUCCCUUAACUCCAAAUAUCUUUAUGAUUACAUAAUGAAGGAGUGGUCAGAUUGGAUUCAAGAUUCAACGGCCAAUACUACAAUCGCUGAUGGUGGAUACUACACAGUUUUGAGUUCAUUCGGAUAUCGAAUUAUCUCAUUGAAUAACAAUUUCUGCUUUGUUCAUAACUGGUGGCUACUUUUCAACGAUGACUAUUUCAUACAGCAACUGCAGUGGUUACAUGAUACCCUUCUGGCGGCAGAGAAUGCUGGCGAAAAAGUACACAUCUUAGCUCAUGUGCCAUCCUACGAUAACUACUGCUACAUAGGAUGGACCAGAGAAUAUCGAAAGAUUGUGGAAAGAUUUGGACACAUAAUCGAGGGACAGUUCAACGGUCAUUCGCACGUCGAUGAAUUCAAUGUGUUCUACAAAAAAGAUGACCCUUCAGUAGCGGUGAAUGUUGCCUGGAAUGGAGGUUCUACCACAACAUUCACCCGAUUAAAUCCAAAUUACAAAGUUUUUUACGCAGAUCGGGAAAAUUAUGAAAUUCUCGACCACGAAACAUGGAUCUACAAUCUGACGGAAGCCAAUCUGCACCCCGACCGCAAGCCGAAGUGGAUUAAGGAGUAUAGUUUCAAGGAACUGUUCGCUCUAGAUGACUUGAGUCCAAACUCCUUAGAUGCAUUACUGCAGAGGUUUGCCCAAACUGAAGCUGAUUUGAUACAAUUCUGGAAGCUGAAACAGAAAAACGCCGAUCCAAUGCUAAUCCAUGGCUGUGACGAAAGCUGUCUGCGAGACACUCUGUGUGCAAUUACUCGCACGGAGUACGCAGAUGACUCUGCUUGUGAACGACUUCUGAUGACGAUAAAAUCUAAUGUUUAAUAUGACUUUUUGCGAAUGUUUGUUUUCAAAUUUUUAAAUCGUGUUCUAAGAAGCGUUGAGUUGUUGUACUGGGAACUGUUGUUCCAUGAAUAAAUCAAAAGCUAAAUUUUUAUAAAGGUAGUAUUCACGUGUAAAUUCACCACAAAACUCAUCGACUCCUCGAAUGAACGUUCCAAUAAUAUCUAACAGUUCGGCUGAAAAGUUCGUAUCGUUUAAUAGA